CACCACUGCUCAACCCAAACCUCAACAUUUGACUUCUCCACACACAAAUCGCAACUUGCAACCAUGUGGAUCAUAAAUUGGUGUAAGUACUAUUCUCCACAACUGUGCCCCGAGCGAACAUCGUCGUCCUCGAACACGCGCCCCGAAAGGAAUCCACAACUAGAUAACCUGAGCCACUGGAAUGCCUCGGACAAAGCGAAAUGUUCUGGCAUGUUUGCGCCCUCUGCAGCCGAGGAUUGCGAGAUCGACCGCCUGCGGACAGCAAAGAACUGGCGGUUGAGCUCACGAUACAGCCCAUGGCGUUCCACGUACCGCAAACACAUCGUGGCGAUUAUACGCAUUAGUCACACUACUGCUCUUGAAUCUAUGCUGAUAUCUUUGGCUUUAGUCUAUGAUGUGCUGGCAUCGCUGGGUCUGCUUAACAAGCAUGCCAAACUUCUGUUCCUUGGACUGGACAAUGCCGGAAAGACCACGCUUCUCCACAUGCUCAAGAACGACCGGGUCGCAGUUCUGCAACCCACGCUGCACCCAACCUCGGAAGAACUGUCGAUAGGAAACGUCAAGUUCACAACCUUCGAUCUCGGAGGCCACGCACAAGCCCGCCGACUUUGGCGCGAUUACUUCCCCGAAGUAUCCGGCAUCGUCUUCCUCGUCGACGCAAAAGACCACGAGCGCCUCUCCGAAUCCAAAGCCGAGCUCGACGCCCUCCUCGCCAUGGAAGAGCUCGCCAACACUCCCUUCGUCAUCCUCGGCAACAAGAUUGACCACCCCGACGCCGUCUCCGAAGACCAGCUGCGCGCCGUGCUUGGCCUAUAUCAGACAACGGGCAAGGGCAAGGUGCCGCUCGAGGGCAUCCGGCCGAUUGAGGUCUUCAUGUGCAGCGUGGUGAUGCGACAGGGCUAUGGGGAGGGUAUCCGUUGGUUGAGUCAAUAUGUCUAAGUGGAAGAGGGGCUAGAGAAUGCGGGAUGGGCGUAAUCGUGGGGCGUAGGGUGGGGGUAUGAGGGUGUAUGAGGACUUUAUACAUGCGAUAGAUGUCUUUUCAUGGCCUUGGCGUUUACAUUUGGGAAUGGCACGUGUGAUACCGCUCCUUCUCGUCUACCAUAUUGUCACGGUGAUGAUUUUUGCGGAGUCAACACAAGUAAGAGAAUUUCUGGAUUGAUGAAGCGUUCUUUCAAAGGGGAAGGAUAUCAAGACCAAGCGAAACGGACAAUUUCGCCGCAAACAAUGCAGCAUUCCUUCCAAACCAUAGGCGCCGCCCAAUGCUUGAGGAUGCCUUUCGCAUCCAAUACUUCUUCGGUCACUCAACUCUAAUGUCUACU